AUGGCUCAAUUGAGUGGAGGCAAAAUUUCAAAGCCGCGAAGGACGCUAUCCAACCAGGCUAUAAAGUUUGUGUGCGAAGGCAAAAAUGAAAAUGAACCUUCUUCGCACAACACUGGCAAGAGAAUGUCAUUUUUCCAUCAUUCUCCACCACAGGUGGAAAUUUCUGGCCGUCGAUAUUCGGCGCCUGCCGUCUCUGUGAGCGAAAACUCACAUCAACAGCCAUCAAAUCAAUCUUCGCUCAAACGGCUUUCUUCUCGCCGACGGGCGUCUUCCCUACUGGGCUCGAAUUUAUCCGUUGAUCCUUGCUCCUACUACAGGCAUAUCAGUUCAGAUCUUCCCGGCCCGCUUCGCAUGCGUCAGCUAUUGAUUUGGUGUCUUCAGACGCCUGCAUCGUUUAAUAAUGCUAAAAAGGAACCCUUCGACAAAGAUUCCCUAAUUGCAGACCUUUCAGGCUCAGAGGCUCCGAUUCAAUUGCAAGAGGAUUUAAUAAUUAAGAGCGUGCUGGAAGGUGUCGUCGACGGUCUUAUUAAAAAGCAUGUCCAAACUACUUGGUAUCACGUCCCAAUAGAAAAAGAAGUGGCCACUUGGGAAAAUUACGUGUCCUUGCUAUCUGCUUCAGCAGCUUCCGCAAUUGCUGGGACCACUGUCGUUGGAAGGGCAUCUUUGGCUCCAGAGUGCGAUUUGCCUGCAGAUAUCAUCCAAUCUGAGCUCGAUUCGAAACGGAUUUUACUCGAAUUUUCGUCUUUUCUCAAGAGCUUUUCGUUUAAGAUAUGUUCUCAUAUCCACGAAAAAGCACUCCGGUUCGCUGAUGAUGCAUAUCACGAAUUGUAUACAAAGGUUGUUAAGCCAUUGGAGCCCAAUAGCAUUGGGGACAGCAUUGGUGUUCUGAGGGCACUCUCAAGAACGGUUCCAUCCUGA